CGUGGGCUGAGCAGGGGCUUCAGGGGAGUCGGAGUGCAGAUUGAAAAAUGCAGACCACCAAGGCACUGCUCGUUACUCCAGUGCUGAUCCGCUCCUGUACCAGGGGUCUAAUCAGGCCUGUGUCUGCCUCCCUCUUGAGUAGACCAGAGGCCCCAUCUAAACAGGUUAAACAGCCUUCCUGCAGUGGCUCCCCUCUCCAGGUGGCCAGACGGGAAUUCCAGACCAGUGUUGUUUCCCGGGACACUGACACAGCUGCCAAGUUUGUUGGUGCUGGGGCUGCCACAGUUGGUGUGGCUGGAUCCGGGGCAGUGUUUGGUAACUUGAUUAUUGGCUAUGCCAGGAACCCGCCUCUCAAGCAACAGCUCUUUUCCUAUGCUAUUCUGGGCUUUGCCCUGUCUGAGGCCAUGGGGCUCUUCUGUUUGAUGAUCACCUUCCUCAUCCUUUUCUCCAUGUGAGGCUCCA